ACAAAAUUUUGUGCGUGCUAUUGACGGUUAAUUAUUAUUAUAUCGUUUUACUCUCUUUCAUGAGAGUUGUGUGGAAAGCUAUUAUCAAUCGAAAAGCUAACAUUUUGACAGGAGGACCACUGAAACCUUGGACAUACGUGAGUAGUGAGAUGUCCAAUGUAUCCUAAACGGGUUAGGAUAAAGUCGAUAGAGCUCAAUGGCUGAGCGCCUCAGCCCUCGAAGCUCCGAGGUGAAUGCCUUGGAACAACGAGGCUAUCUCAUCGGCAAGAAAAUCGGACAAGGAUCCUAUGCCACCGUCCACCUGGCUGAGUACUGCGAUGCAUCCAGCCCGAAGCGGAUGCACCUCGCGUGCAAGAUAUUCGAUAAAGAAAAGGCACCUCGGGAUUUUUUAGAAAAGUUUUUUCCUCGUGAACUUGAUAUUCUAACUAAGAUAGAAAAUCCCCAUAUCAUUCAAGUGCAUAGUAUUUUGCAGCGUGGACCAAGAGUGUUUAUCUUUAUGCGUUAUGCUGACAACGGAGAUCUGUUGGAUUUCAUUAAACGGAAUGGAGUUGUGCCGGAAAAUCAGGCAAAACUGUGGUUUAGACAAAUGGCUAGCGGCCUGCAAUACCUACAUAGUAAGAAUAUAGCACACCGCGACUUGAAAUGCGAGAACAUAUUGCUGUCAAGACGUUUCAACGUAAAAUUGGCGGAUUUUGGAUUUGCUAGAUUCUGCACGGACGGUGAAAAUCGACGUGUACUCAGUCAAACGUAUUGUGGCUCCGCUGCGUAUGCCGCCCCUGAGGUGGUAAGUGGCACGGCCUACAAUCCCAAACUAGCUGAUGUGUGGUCUCUCGGAAUUAUCCUUUUCAUAAUGCUGAACGCUUCCAUGCCGUUCGAUGAUUCGAACCUGCGCAAACUACUCAAGGACCAAAUGUCCCGCAACUGGGUUUUUAGAUCCAGGAUCCGUGAUACAGUUUCGGCGGCAGCGAAGUCUAUCGUGCGACACAUUCUGGAGCCCGAUAUCACGCUUCGCCUCACGCUCGACCGGGUGCUGUCGCACGAGUGGACCCGGCCGCGCAAGGAUAAGAGCGCUAGUCUGAUGGGGCGGUUGGUGCAGUCGGCCCCCUCGGCGCCGCACUCGCCCGGGAAGCGCGAGCACGACGAGGCCGGCACGUCGGCCGGCGCGCGGGUCUCCGGCGAUCACCGGGAGACCGAGCGCGAACGACACGACGACAUCAACAUGCGCUCACAUGACUAACGCUACCUAUUAUAAUUAUAUACUAUGUAUCGAUAA